CCAGCGUGCGGCGGAACGAUUUUGCUCACGGACGGGAAGUAGCAGUAGGAAGGGUGACAUUUCACAACAGGGCGAACAUGACGGCGUGGGUCGGCAUAUGAUGGGGAAGCCUUAGUUCACCAAGGACGUCUGCUAAUAUUUAUUUUUGUACACAGUAAAAAGCGUGUGGACACAGAGCCGUCAUGGCGGCGUGGAGCUGCCGGUUUCUCCUCCAGCGGGGCAGCGGAGUGAUCUCUGUCCGAGCCGGAGCGGCUGAAAGCCCUCUCCUGGCACGAGGCUGCGUUCGGACAGUGAAGACCACCACGUGGUUUGAUGAGCACCUCACCGAGGACAACCAGGAGUUCAUGAGGAAGAGCAUGGCAGAGGAAUACAGGAGACAGACGGCCGACAAGCUCAAUCCACUCAAAGACGAGCCCUGGCCAAGACAGGAGUGGACAGAGGGAAGUAGAAGAGUCGGCUUGAUAGCAGUGAAGCUGGGGAUGGUUCCUGCCUGGACCAAAACAGGAGAGAGACAUGUGGUGACCAUGUUACAGGUGCAGGACUGCCAUGUAAUCAAGUGCCUGUCCAAAGAUGAGUAUGAUGGCCACACUGCCGCCCUAGUGGUCGGAGGGAAAAACGUAUCACCGUUCUAUAGGACUGAGCAGCAGAUGGAGAUGUUUAGGAAAGCAGGAGUCCCUCCAAAACAGAAGCUCACCACGUUUAAAGUUUCCGACAACGCCAUCAUCAAGCCAGGCACUCCUCUGUACGCAGCACACUUCCGUCCAGGCCAGUAUGUCGACGUCACGGCCAAAACGAUUGGUAAAGGUUUCCAGGGUGUCAUGAAGCGAUGGGGAUUCAGAGGUCAGCCAGCCAGCCAUGGCCAAACCAAGACACAUCGCAGACCGGGGGCGUCUGGACCUGGAGGGGACCCAGCCAAAGUCUUCAAAGGAAAGAAGAUGCCCGGCAUGAUGGGCAACAUCUUUGACACAGCGUAUGGCCUGAAGAUAUGGAGAGUGAACACCAAGUAUAAUGUGCUGUAUGUUAAUGGCUCUGUCCCUGGCCACAGAAGCUGCUUGGUGAAGGUGAGGGACAGCACUUUGCCAAACAGAAGCUCCACCCUUCUCAACCCUCCAUUCCCGACCUACUUCAAUGAGGAGGAAACUGAGCUGGAUGAAGAUCUGUAUGAUGAAAACAUGUUUGUUCACACAGAGCCGUCAUUAACACUGGCCUGACACACACAAACACACACACACAUUACACAUGCGCAGAUCACACAUACACACAAACCACACAUUAUGCUUGGAUUUAUUUAAUAAACAGUCAUUCCC